AUGUACAUCACUCUCUACUACCUCGUCACCCGGCUCCUUGACUCCCUUCGCUCAGUCAGGGACCACUUCCUCUCCCUUUGCCCCACCACACUCACCGUUGACCUCCUCGAGGAGCGCCUCCUUGCAGCUGAGAAGAGUAUAGUCGCUGUAGGAGCCUCUCGUGGUGACCCUCGUGCCCCUUUCUUUGAGGGGUGCUCCCCUGUCCCCCUUUUGCCCUCUGUUGCCUCUGCUGCUGAUGUCGACCUCGUUGGCAUUGAGUCGGUCGACACUGCAUCUACUCCUAGUGGGAGGCGCCGCAGCGGCAGGAGCAAGGGGGGCAAGGGUGCUGGAGGAGACGGCGGGGGCGGUGGUGGUGGCGGUGGAGGCGGCGAAGGGGGUGGGGGUGGAGGCCCGCACGCCACGCAGCGCUGUUUCGACAACCUGAUUGAUGCCUGGCUUGCACAGUUUCCUAACGCCACUGAGCUCCCUCACUGGGGUGAUCUCCUUAAGCCUGGUGUUGCUAUCUUUGAUCUAGACUUUGAUGCUAUCCUUGCUGCUAUGCAUGCUAUGACUAUUAGUGCUGAGGGUGACUGUUACCUGUGUGUUCCGCCCGACCCGGGCAUAGAGGUUGCUGCUCCAGGUGCUAGUGAGGCUGCUGCUCCAGGUGCUGGUGAGUCCGCUCUCUCAGGUAUCGCGUCGGCACAGGUCUUGCACACUUUCACCUUUGACUUGAGUGCUUCCCGUUCCUUCAUUCGCGACUGCACCACACUCACGCCACUCAGGCGGCCAGUGGCAGUCUCCCUGGCUGACCCCUCCACGGUGUGUCUCAGGUAG